AUGAAGAUUUAUUUACAGUUAUUACUAUUUUAAUAAUAAUAUUUUUCAAAAAGUAAAAGAAACUCACACUUUCCAUUUUUAUUAUUUGAUAUUUUCUUUUUACAAAUAUGCUAGGGUACUAAGAGUGUAAGGGCAAGUUAAAUUUGUCUUCAUGAUUUGGAUCAAUAGCUAGAAGUAUAAAAUGUACUCCAUAUUUAUAUAGAAAUCCUACAUUACAAUCAAUGAUGCCAUUGCUUCUUUUGAAUAUUUACGUUUGUAACCAACAGAGCCAGUGUAACUAAUUCAUGAACAAAUACCAUAAACGAACCCUUUCAAAAUAAAACUUAAGUUGGAAGACAUUAUCAUUCAUUAAGUGAAUGAGAUUCAACAACAUUAGAAAUUAGAAACAAAAGUGUUACAGGUAAAAGAGGGAGAACAAGAAAUCGUACAAGCUUAUAUCAAAAAGGAAGAUUUGUAUGAAAUAUUGAUUUAGAUUAACAAUAUUGACGUUUGA